AUGCGCGCCAUGCGCCUCCUCACUCCUCUCAGCCCAGUUUUGCGCCCAACGAGCCAUCUACCAUCAUUCCCCAUCGCGAGCUAUCCACUCCUACCAUUCCCAACGAACCACACCCCACCCCCGUCGCUGGGCAUGUCCCACUCGGCCCAGCCCGACCCAAACACCAACACCAACAACCACCGUCCUUUACACCGUCCAGCGCGACCAGUGCUACGCCUCGACACGCGCCCUGAAACCCUCUACCCGUCAUUUGCGGCCAACCCACCCCCAACUCCUCGCACACCCAUCAACCUUGCCACCGUAGCCAACCCCGCUCUCUCGCCCGUGGCGGUUGUAUCUGCGCCACGUCGUCACCAUCCUCCUGGGAGGCGGGACGCAAUGGAACCCCGCACAGCCCACUUUGUGCGGUUCCUACAGCAAAUAAGCGCGGUUCUUGUCAGCGACACGUCCGUGUCGCCGGGAGGAGGAGGCGACGCCAUUAUGUCUGCCUUUGCGGUCUACUUCCCCUCGGUGGCUUCUGAUCCGCGGGCAGUUGCUGCUGCUGGAAAAGGGGGUAUUGUCGACCGCAUCACCGCGCUUAAUGCGCUGGUGAUGGCGCUUGUGCCCGUUGAGGGUGAUCCGGGGCGGCGCCCGCCGCGCAUCACAGAGCGCGCGCCCAGCUUCAUGCGAUAG